AAGUGAAAAAAAGUGUAUGGGAGAUGAAGCUCCACGUGUUAUCUCACAUAAACACAAAUGUCCACGGAUAUCAGGGGCGUUCUACCCUGUAAAAGUGUGAAGAGGACGUCAACAGGACAGGUGGAGGCAAUUUCUUAAGUGGAUAUUACAGUCAAGGUUUUGUUCUGGUACGCAACAGUGAACGUUUCAAGUCAUGGAUAGUGAAACGAUGCUAUAACAACAAUUGCGAGGCCAUUAUUCGCAUAGUUUUGUCCCUGAGACAGGCAGGUGCAUAAAAAAGGACUUCAGUUAGCCUCGAACUUCAACGAGGAUCUAAUGAAAAUAAGUGAAUCUAUUCAGCAUCCUUGACUAGAAACAUGUGAGCAACCCCUCCAGCGAAUGUCACAUUUAGCACGUGUGAUUUACCGGUGUUCCAUUCGCAAUUUUGACAAGGCUGUGACAAUCGGACAGAUGUUCGUUAUUUUCCGGUGUUAGUGAUUAAAAACGUUUGACUAGGCGGUGGAAGUUUGUCGAUGGAGAGGUGGUGAAGAUAACCAUUGUCGGGAGUCGGUCUUCCAACAAUUGAGUGAUUUUGUGUAUUAGAGAGACAGUCUAUACGGAAGGAACUGAUGCAGGACAGAAUCUAAUUAUUACAAAGGGUGAUAUUGACUCUCCCGUUUUCUAUUGAAUUUUUUUUUUAUCAAUUUUUUCAACGAAAAGCCAAGAUGAUCAGAGAUUUCUCAGCACUCAAUCAAGCCCUCAUAGGAACCCUCUUCACCUGGGCACUCACCGCAGCCGGGGCUGCUCUCAUUGUUGUCAUUCAGGGAAAACAGAGAAAACUUCUCGACGUGAGCCUGGGCUUUGCAGGUGGUGUAAUGAUAGCAGCAAGCUAUUGGUCACUGCUGGAACCAGCCAUCGAAAUGGCCCAAGAAAGUAAAAUCUAUGGUUCCAAUGGGGAAUAUGCUUGUAUACCUGUUGGAAUUGGAUUUAUCAUUGGCGCAGCGUUUGUUUAUGGGACAGAUGUAUUGAUAUCAGCCCUUGGCAUUCAAUCCCCCAAUGUGCUAUUAGCUAUGCAAUCAGUUGGUACGAAACAAAGACGAAAAAACCAUGAAAAGAGUGACGAGGAUUUAGAGGAUAACAAUGUAAUUAGUGGUGUACAAAUAAGCAGUGGCAAAAAUCAUUAUGACACGACCACUAUUGAUGGAUUUUACGAGCAAAAUACCAGAAGAAGACAAACUGGAUCUUUAUCCAGAGGGUCGGAAUUAGACGACAUGGGGACUAUAUACGAGGAUCCAGGAAAUGAAGCUAAAAACAAUCAGUGGAGACGGAUAGUCUUAUUGGUCGUAGCCAUAACGGUGCACAACAUUCCGGAAGGCCUUGCGGUUGGCGUCGGUUUCGCAGCAGUGGGAAGUAGUCCAGCAGCUACCUUCGAGAGUGCAAG